AUGCAGCAGGACGGCGCGGAGCAGGGAGGCUUCCCGUGGCCGGAGCUGCUGCCCGUGGCCAGCCCGGCGCUGCCGUUCUGCUGCCCGUGCUGCGGGGAGCGCGGCCUGUUUGGCCGCGGCAAGCGGCGGGUGCCGGCCGGGGGCUGCCCGCUCCUCCCGCUGCGGGACGCGGCGCUGGGCUCGCCGCCAGAGCCCUGUGGCCGGGGCAGUUCCUCCAGCCGCAGGGCGCCCCUCGCCGCCUUCUGCGACGCCUCCGGAGAGGGGCGGCCAGAGCUGGAGCCGGAGGCGGCCGGGUUGGAGGCGCAUGUCAGGGCGAAGUUCAGCAGGAUGGUGGAGGCCGUGGACAAGACGAUGGAGAAGCGGCUCGACAGGCUGACCGGGGAGCUGGCCCAGAAGACGGCAGAGCUGCUGGAGGUGUGGGCAGGCUUCGUGGAGCUCUCGCAGAAGCAGCAGGAGGUGCAGCGGAGGGAGCGGGUGCUCAGCAGGCAGGUGGACGCGGUGGUGGAGAUGAACGCGGCCUUGAAGCAGCGCCUCAGCGAGUCCGAGGAGGAGGCAGAAAAAGAAUUGCGGGGAAAAGCCAGGCUCCAGCAUUUCAUUGAGAACCUGAUGCAGCGCGUGGACCUGGCGGAGAGGCAUCUAGAGUAUUACCAAAACCAGCAGAUCGCCUGCAGCCAUAUAGCAGAUGUUACACUCUCUUUCCUAACUAGUAAUCAUGUGUCUCAUCCAUUUGUGGUGAAUGGUCAGUGGCAAAAAGAAAAGGGGGAGAGUAAGGGGCGGCAAAGACAGAAACAGUACCAGGAGGAUGCCACUGACACUGACGGCACGGGUAAUAGGAAUAGUAUAAGUGACACGGGUGCUAGAGUAAAAUGUGAAGACUGCUCAGAUGGCAGUGAUGAGAGUGCUUGUGUGAAGAAGACGUGUGCUGAAUCUGACUUUGUGUGCAGCAGUGGUCAGUGUGUGCCAAAUAGAUGGCAGUGUGAUGGGGAUCCGGACUGUGAAAACGGGUCUGAUGAGAGUGCUGAUCUGUGUCAUAUGAGAACAUGUCGGGUAAAUGAAAUUAGCUGUGGUCCUCAGUCAGUCCAGCGUAUCCCAGUGUCCUGGAAAUGUGAUGGUGAAAAGGACUGUGACAGUGGAGAAGAUGAAGAGAAUUGUGGCAUUGUGACUUGUAGUGCAGCAGAAUUCACAUGCAGUAGUGGGCAAUGUAUUUCCAAAAGCUUUGCCUGCAAUGGUCAAGAUGACUGCAGUGAUGGUAGCGAUGAGCUGGAGUGUGCACCUCCUACCUGUGGUGUUCAUGAGUUUCAGUGCAAGAGUUCUACCUGCAUCCCUAUCAGCUGGGUGUGUGAUGAUGAUGCUGACUGCUCCGACCACUUGGAUGAAUCUUUGGAGCAGUGUGGCCGCCAGCCUGCACCUCUGGUGAAGUGUUAUGUGAGUGCGCUGCGGCGUGGCUCAGGUGAAAAAGACUGUGACAGAGAUACUGAUUGCAAGGAUGGAAGUGAUGAAAUUAACUGCCCUUCUCAGACCUGCAGGCCAGACCAGUUCAGAUGUGAAGAUGGGAACUGUGUCCAUGGGAGUAGGCAGUGCAGUGGUGUGAGAGACUGUCUGGAUGGCACUGAUGAAGCAAACUGUAACAAUGUUAUUCAGUGCUCUGGACCUGACAAAUUCAAGUGCAGAAGUGGAGAAUGCAUAGAUAUCAAUAAAGUGUGUAACCGGCAGAGAGACUGCAAGGACUGGGGUGAUGAGCCCCUGAAGGAAUGCAACAAAAAUGAAUGUGACUGUCCAGCUGGGUUUGAGUUUGUAGACAAGAGAAACUGUGGAGAUAUUGAUGAAUGUCAAAACCCUGGUAUCUGUGGUCAAAUAUGUAUCAACCUGAAAGGUGGCUACAAAUGUGAACGUAGCCGUGGAUAUCAGAUGAUUCCUGCUACAGGAACCUGGAAAAGGCCAUACGGGGAUUUUGAAGUGGUGCCGGGAACAGGUACCCAGUGGAUCACUGCAAAGUGGACUGAAGCAGUUUUAGAAUCUGCACACGCCGAAGAUGACCAUGAAGAGGUUCCUGAUGAUUAUUCUGACAAUGACGUGGGCUGUGACACCUCAAGGACUGUCAAGAACAGCCUUCGAUCACCAUCAAGUGAUUAG